GCGGUUUUUUCAUUUCAAUUCAACAUCCCUCCAAAAUUUCUCUCUCUUCUCUACAGUUUGUACAAUUCCCAAUUCGAUCCAAUCAGGCUUUCUUUCUUCAACCUCCGAUUAAAAACCCUAAUUACUUUGAAAUGUCGGCUUCAACGGUGUCAAUCACGGCUAAUCCAGCGUCGGCACGGCGGAGACUGGUGGUGGUUUCCGACAAGAAAUCACCAAGCAACAACAUCGAAUUAGUAUUUCCGAGUGAACGACGAAUCAACGGUGGUGGAGGCGGAGAUGACAUUGUCACCGCCGCGGCGAGUAGGGAUCUAAGUCAUCACUCGAUUCGAGGAGAUGCGGUUCUGGAGUGGACGGCGAAAGAUAUUGUUCAAGUGAAGAAGACGAGUUCGACAAUUUCGCCGCGGAGGGGGAGGAAGGUGGCUGCGACGAAGGCGAGGAGACCACUGUGGAUGACGUUGGUGAGAGCUUUUACUAAGAAUUUCGUGUUUUUGCUUGUUUUAGUAGGCUUAGUGCAGUUGGUUAGGAAAUUGGCUGUGAAAUCAGGGGAUAUUGAUGGUGCUAGUGUGGGGACACAAAUGGAGUUACGUGAGUUUGAUGGGAGGAUAGCGGAAAUGGAGUCAAUGGUGAAAACUGCGGUGAAAAUGAUUCAGGUUCAAGUGGAAGUUGUUGACAAGAAGAUUGAGAGUGAAGUUGGUGGGUUAAGGAGGGAAAUGAGCAGGAAAAUUGAUGAUAAAGGUGUGAUCUUGGAGGGAGAGUUGAGGAGGUUAGUGGAGAGAAGCGAGGGGUUGGAGAAGAAAAUUGGGGAGUUGAAAGCGGGUGAUUGGUUGUCGAAGGAGGAUUUUGAGAAGUUCCAUGAGCAGUUUAAGAAGGAAAAUGGUGGGGAAUUUGGGGGGAGUGGUGUGGGUUUGGAUGACAUAAUGGCGUAUGCGAGGGAGAUAGUGCAGAAAGAGAUUGAUAAGCAUGCGGCUGACGGGCUUGGGAGGGUGGAUUAUGCGCUGGCAACUAGUGGUGGAAUGGUUGUGAAGCAUUCUGAUCCGUAUAUGGCCGUGAGAGGGGCUAACUGGUUCAUGAAGGGUGGAGGGGUUCAUCCGAAUGCUGAUGAGAUGCUAAAACCAAGUUUUGGGGAGCCUGGGAAGUGCUUUGCUUUGAAAGGAAGUAGGGGGUUUGUCCAGUUUAAGCUGCGAAGUGCUAUUGUUCCUGAAGCUGUUACGCUGGAACACAUUGCUAAGAGUGUAGCUUAUGAUAGGUCAACUGCUCCUAAGGACUGUCAGGUGUCUGGGUGGAUGCAGAACCCCGAUCUUGAUUCAGCAGAUGACAAAGAGAAGAUGUCUCUUUUAACAGAGUUUACUUAUGACCUCGGGAAGAGUAACGCUCAGACCUUCAAUGUAUUGGACAAAACAGCCUCUGGACUUGUUGACACACUGAGGCUGGACUUCACAUCUAACCAUGGAAACCCCUCACUCACCUGCAUUUAUCGCUUGAGGGUACAUGGUUAUGAACCUGAUCGUGCUUCAAUGACGGCAAUGCAGCCUUGAUGCAUCUGGUCCCGACCUUGUAACUGUUUAUCCUUUUGAAAUUCUCUGCUUAGCUUUUUUAUCAAAUAUUUUUUUUUUUGUAGCUUCCAAGUACCUAAACAUAGAUAAGUAUGUGCUUAGGCUUACCACUCCCUCGUGUUCCAUAGGUCUUCACUACUUGUGUGCUAGCAUUGUCCAGUUCUACGUUUCUGCUUGUAUCUGCGCUGUCAAAUUGUUCAGCUUUUUAUGAACUGUUGAUCAAAAGGGUGAAAACGCAGAAACUAAAUUAAGAGAUCUUCAAAUCGUAAAUGGAUGUGGAUUUUCUUUGAA